AUGGCCCACCUUCUGCGAGGAAAGCAGGCUGGCGUCCACAACGAUCUCUCUGCCGGCCUGGGGCCUGAUCUCUUCGUUCUUGACUAUGUGCGUACAUACGGCCUGAAUAGCCAAGUUUCGCAGAUAGCCUACGAUCCCGUCCAAUCCUUGAUAGCCGUCGGUACCAACGAUAGCAAGUUUGGCCCUGGUCAGAUCUAUGUCUUCGGCCAGAAGCGCGUCGAGGUCAUCCUCGAACUGCCGCACCGGGCCUCCGUGAAGAUCCUACAGUUUUGCGCAGAGAAGCUGCUUUGUGUCGACUCCCGAAAUGAUCUCUCCGUCUUCUCGCUCGAGACCAAACGUUUGCUAAACGCGCAUUCACCCCCGGGCAAGAUCUCAGCGCUACAUACCGAUCCUACGCUAGAUUAUGCGCUACUGGGGACUCAGAAUGGGGAGGUUCUGGCGUACGACCUCGAUCGCGAGCAUCUAGCCCCUUUCAGAAUCCCGAAUCUGUGGAGGGAGAAACAUCCUCGCUCAAAACUGGUAUCCGUCGUCAGCCUGGCGUUCCAUCCUCGAGAUAUCGGUAAACUCCUGAUUGGAUAUAACGCUGGCGCUGUGAUUUAUUCAUUCAAGCAGAACAUAGCCACUAAGUUCUUUGAAUAUGUCCUACCAAAAGGGGCUCCUGGAGGAGACGCUGACCCGGCGUCCAUGCACAAAGAGAGAACCCCACCGCUUACUCAGGCAGUCUGGCACCCUACUGGUACUUUUAUUCUCACUGGACAUGAAGAUGGUAGUAUUGUCAUCUGGGAUCCAAAGGAUGGCCGGAUUGUACAAGCUCGCACACUGCAGGAGACCAACAUCGACAAGCCCGGACCGGGUCUCAUGAGCCCCGGAGCAACACCAGAAACAUUCACAAUCAAGUCUCCCAUCUUCCGACUUGUUUGGUGCGCUGCUAAACAAGAUCCUGAUGAUACCGGCAUUCUGAUAGCAGGAGGAGCUCCUUCUAAUCUGGCGACCAAGUCAUUAACCUUUCUUGAACUCGGUCGCACGCCUGUAUACAAUACGUCGUCCUGGCAGAUCCUCAGUGAUCACUUUGAAAACCCUAAACGUCAGAGGAUUCUCCCGUGUCCUCCUGGAACGGAAGUCGUGGACCUGUGUCUCAUUCCCCGCUCUUCCCCACACUUCGCCGGGGCUCAAGAUCCCAUUGCAGUCAUUGCACUGCUGGCUUCUGGCGAGAUUAUUACUCUUAGUUUCCCCAGCGGCAUCCCUAUAUCACCGACCAAUCAGCUGCAUCUUUCCCUGACUCUGAUCCAUCCGUUCGCGCACUACGCCAAUCUGGCUCCUGUCGAGAGGACAAGGUGGUUGGGUCUGACUGAGAAAAGAGAGCAUGGGCCAUUGUUCCUGACUGGUGGUGCGGAAGCGAAUUAUCCACGAAAGAGAUUUGAGCAUCGCAAUAUUGUUCAGACUGCCCAUGCGGACGGAACCCUCAGACUAUGGGAUGCGGGGCAUGCCGACGAAAUAGAAAACGAUGCGCUGCUUCAAAUCGACGUAAGUCGGGCAGUGGGAAAGCAAGAACCAGUGGAGGUUACCAAGACAUCCUUUGCAGGCGCAUCCGCUGAGCUGUCAGUUGGAUUGAAGAAGGGCGAAGUUGCCAUAUUCCGAUGGAGACACAACAAGCACGCCGGGGAGGAGGUUCCAUUUGCGCCCAAUUCUCCAAAGGGACUCACUAACAUCCUCGAUCGAGCGGAAAUAACGGUCAAGGAAGGCUUGCUUCCAUUCACGCUGUUCACAGAGGAGGGUAGUGGGCCGGUGACAGCAUUAGAACACUCAGAUGUUGGGUUCGUGGCCGCAGGGUUCGAAGGUGGAAGCUUCUCAGUCAUUGACCUGCGAGGUCCGGCGGUCAUCUACAGCGCUCACAUACGCGAUUUCGCCAAAGCCGAUAAGAGAGCAAGCUUUAGACGAAGCUCUACCACCUCUACCGCGAGGCUGGAAUGGGCUACCGCAAUGGAGUUCAGCGUGAUGACUGUAGAUGGGGACGACUAUUCCAGCAUUCUGCUUCAUGUGGGUACGAAUCUGGGCCGUUUGGCUACAUUCAAGAUUCUUCCAGACCAGAGCGGAAGGCACUCGGUCAGCUUCGCAGGGGCUGUCUCCCUUGAUGAUCGUGUCAUCAGCAUCUGCCCGCUCCACGCAGACUCCGGCCAACCGGCUUAUGCUUCUGGGACCGCCGUGGCUGGCCUCCGCGACGGGGUCAGGGUCAACGGCGUGCUACUUGCAGUGACGGCGUCAGGAGCCCGCCUGUUUAAACCUGCAACGAACAAGGGAGCGCACAAGACAUGGGAUGAGUUCCUCUGCGACUCGGCCACCGUCGUCCGCUACCAAGAUCUGGGAUACGCGUUGCUCGGUCUAUUCGGCGAUGGCCAUGCGAGAGCCUACUCGCUGCCUGCACUGAAGGAAAUCGGCUCCGUGAAGGUAGACCAUAUCCUCGACAUCCGACGGUUCCCGGAGGCCGUUAUCACCAGCACGGGCGACAUCUUCGGCUGGAAGGGGCCAGCGGAGAUGGCGCUCCUGAACGUGUUCGGCACGGGAGUUACGCCUGAUCCCACGAGGGAUACGUUGAUUAAUCCUGAGCUGGUGAUUCCGCCCCGCCCAACAAUUUCGAAUCUGCAGUGGAUCAGUGGGACGCAGUAUGUGACGCCUGCGGACAUGGACUUGCUGAUCGGCGGACCCGAUCGACCCCCCUCCAAACGAAUGCUUGCCCAAGCCCGGGCCGACGAUGAGCAACGCCGCCGCGAAGAGCGUCGGACAGCUACGGCAGGAUCGUCAGCAGCGGCGACAGCAGCGGCAGCGGGACAGUCACAAGAGACCUGGGGUGCCUGGGCUUCCCGGCAGCUCAAUGAGCGCACCGAGAAACUGAACCUUGUUGGCGAUAGCAUGCAGAACCUCGAGCGAAACAGCCAGGGUUGGGCGGAGGAUGUGAGUAAGUUUGUGAACAAGCAGAAGAGGGGGUUUGUUAUGGGGGCGAUGAAGAGCAAGUUCGGGCUUUAG